AUGGAUGGAAGAGACAGCUCAGGGCCGCUCCAUGCUGAUCUCAUCAUCGAGAUACUUUUGAGAUUGCCGUCGAAAUCUAUAGCGAGAUGUCGUUGCGUAUCGAAGGUGUGGUCCUCCAUACUUGGACUUGCCCAUUUCACGGAGUUAUUCUUGAAGAAAUCUUCGGCUCGCCCACAGAUCUUGUUCGCCUUGAAAGACUACGAUAAGAUGUGGUUCUUCUCGUCGCCUCAGCCUCAAAAUAUUCCAGAUGAGAACUUGCCUGCUGUAACAGCCACUUAUCAUAUGAGUGUUCGCUUUGAUCAUCGCUAUACUAAUAUUAGUCCUAUCAAUGGCUUGUUCUGUCUUAGAACUGGGCGGAACUUAAAGGGGAGGCAAAAUCCAUUGUUGGAGCUGGUCAUAUUUAACCCUAGCACCGGACAAUCUUUAGUUUUGCCGAAAAUGAAGACAAUGAGGAGGGUUGGGCUGCAUAGCUAUUUAGGGUAUGAUCCUGUUGAGAAACUAUUCAAGGUAUUGUCCAUGUCGUGGUUAGUUGGUGGAAGAAACAUCAGUUUUGAGGAGCAUCAAGUUCUAACAUUAGGAACUAGAGAACCUUCAUGGAGAAUGAUAGAAUGUAGCAGACCCCAUUUUACUUUAGAUAAUAAUGGGAUAUGCAUCAAUGGUGUUUUGUAUUACAAAGCUGCUGACAAUAUGUAUUCAGAGGAUUCCAUGGUCGUUUGCUUUGAUGUUAGGUCCGAGAAGUUCAGAUUUAUUGAAGGCCUGGAUAACUUCCGUUCCGGAACUCUAAUUAACUACAAUGAUGCCGAAGAGCAUGAAUGGUGGGAGUAUACAUACGUAUUACCCGCUUGGUGGCCAAAUAUAGUUGGACCAGAAUAUUUUAGCUUGGUUGGAGUGACCCUCACAAAUGAAAUUGUGUUGUCGCCGUCCUAUUUCACUGGGGCGCCUUUCCACGUUAUCUACUAUAACACCGAGAAAAUGGCAGCUGUGAAACUUCAUAUCCAAGGAAUGGAAGCGAUUAAGUAUCAUCGUCAACUUCUCACCUUCUUAGACUAUGUAGAGGACAUGAAGCUUAUGCAAAUGUUCUAGUUUAGGACUUCUAUAAAUUGACAUAAAUGUUCUAGUCUGGUUCUUGCAUUAUUUUAUAACUGUCCUUA